AGCCUGGUUGAUUGGGCGACGGAGAUGACGGGAGGAUCGAAAUUCGAGGUCUCGAAAUUUGAUGGUCAUGGCAAUUUCGGAUUAUGGCAGACGAGAGUGAUAGAUUUAUUGGCGCAGCAAGGAAUUCAGAAAGGGCUGCGCGCAGAAAAGCCAGAGGGGAUGGAAGACGAUGAUUGGCAAGAUUUGCAGGAACGGGCGGCCGGGACAAUUCGGUUGUGCCUUGCAAAUGAAGUUAUGUAUCACGUUAUGCAUCUUAAAGCGGCGGAUGAGAUCUGGAAGAAACUGGAAUCGCAGUUUAUGUCGAAAACCCUAACGACAAAACUCCUUUUGAGUCAGGAAUUUGAGAUGAAGGAUCUAAGGGCUGCGAAGAAGAUUCAUGGGAUGGAGAUUCACAUGGAUAGAGGAUCAAAGAGGUUGUGGUUAUCUCAGAAGGGUUAUGUGGAGAAGGUGCUACGGAGGUUUGGGAUGAAUGAAACAAAACCGGUGAGCAUUCCAUUAGCAAACCACUUCAAGCUUUCUGUUGAUCAGUGCCCCAAGUCGGACAAGGAGACUCAUGAUAUGAGCCUGGUUGAUUGGGCGACAGAGAUGACGGGAGGAUCGAAAUUCGAGGUCUCAAAAUUUGAUGGUCAUGGAAAUUUCGGAUUAUGGCAAACGAAAGUGAAAGAUUUAUUGGCGCAGCAAGGAAUUCAGAAAGGGCUGCGCGCAAAAAAGCCAAAGGGGAUGGAAGACGAUGUUUGGCAAGAUCUGCAGGAACGGGCGGCCGGGACAAUUCGGUUGUGCCUUGCAGAUGAAGUUAUGUAUCACGUUAUGCAUCUCAAAUCGGCGAAUGAGAUCUGGAAGAAACUGGAAUCGCAGUUUAUGUCGAAAACCCUAACGACAAAACUGUAUCUGAAGCAGAGGUUAUACGGGCUGAAGAUGCAGGAGGGAACCGAUUUAGGAAAACAUGUGAAUAUCUUCAAGAUUGAAGAUGAAGACAAGGCGAUGAUUUUACUAUGUUCGUUACCUCCUUCUUACGAACAUAUGGUGACUACCCUUACAUAUGGGAAAGAAACGAUCAAGACUGAGGAGAUUACUUCAGCGUUGUUGGCUCACAGCCAGCGGAAACUGAAAUCUGGAGAGUCAUCUUCUCAAAGUGACAAUUUAUAUGUGAAGGGUAACCAGGAUCGUGGAAGAAAACAUAUGCGGGAUAAUUCAGGAAAUCAGAAUUUCAGAUCCAAGUCGCGAGACAAAUCUAAAGGGAGGAAAACUGUGACGUGUUAUAAGUGCAAGGAACAAGGGAACUUCAAACGGGAUUGCCCAAAGUGGAAGAAACAGACUGCUGAUAUGUCAUCCAAGUCUGAGAACGUGGUACAAAAUGAGGAAUCCGAUUGCAGUGAUGGAGGUAUGUUAUCUAUUUCGACUACGCAGUAUGAUGAUUCUUGGAUUCUCGAUUCUGGAUGUUCAUAUCAUAUAACGCCUAACAGAGAGUGGUUUGCUACUUAUAAACAAGGCAACUCGGGUUCUGUUUUUCUUGGUGAUGAUAGAUGCUGCGGUGUUGUCGAUAAGGUACAAGUGGAGUUGGAACAUGUGCCAGCAGUUCUUGAUAAGGGGGCGAGUUCGAGUUCUGCACCUGAUGAUGUUGAUCAAGAUUUUUCUGGCCCAACUGAUGUGCAAGAGAGCUACAAGUUAGCUCGGGAUAGAGUGAGGCGUACACAUAUACAAGCUCCGGUGAGGUUUGGUUAUGAGGAUGUGGUCGCAUUUGCUCUUACGAUCACUAGCGUGGAUCCAUGUACUUUCCAGGGGGCUGUUUCUUUGAAGAUUGGCUACAAGCGUUGUGAGUUUGAUUGUUGUGUUUACACUAAGAGCCUUGGUGAUGGUUCUAUGAUUUUUCUGUUACUUUAUGUUGAUGACAUGCUUAUUGCUGCCAAGAAUAUGCGUGAUAUUGUUGAUCUGAAAAGCCUUUUGAGUCAGGAAUUUGAGAUGAAGGAUUUGGGGGCUGCGAAGAAGAUUCUUGGGAUGGAGAUUCACAGGGAUAGAGGAUCAAAGAAGCUAUGGUUAUCUCAAAAGGGUUAUGUGGAGAAGGUGCUACAGAGGUUUGGGAUGAAUGAAGCAAAACCGGUGAGCACUCCAUUAGCAAACCACUUCAAGCUUUCUGUUGAUCAGUGCCUCAAGUCGGACAAGGAGACUCACGAUAUGGUGGAGAUACCUUAUGCCAGUGCUGUUGGAUGUCUGAUGUAUGCCAUGAGCCUGGUUGGUUGGGCGACGGAGAUGACAGGAGGAUCAAAAUUCGAGGUCUCGAAAUUUGAUGGUCAUGGCAAUUUCGGAUUAUGGCAGACGAGAGUGAAAGAUUUAUUGGCGCAGCAAGGAAUUCAGAAAGGGCUGCGCGCAGAAAAGCCAAAGGGGAUGGAAGACGAUGAUUGGCAAGAUUUGCAGGAACGGGCGGCCGGGACAAUUCGGUUGUGCCUAGCAGAUGAAGUUAUGUAUCACGUUAUGCAUCUCAAAUCGGCGGAUGAGAUCUGGAAGAAACUGGAAUCGCAGUUUAUGUCGAAAACCCUAACGACAAAACUGUAUCUGAAGCAGAGGUUAUACGGGCUGAAGAUAUCCAAGUCGCGAGACAAAUCGAAAGUGAGGAAAACUGUGAUAUGUUAUAAGUGCAAGGAACAAGGUCACUUCAAACGGGAUUGCCCAAAGUGGAAGAAACAGACUGCUGAUAUGUCAUCCAAGUCUGCGAAUGUGGUUCAAAAUGAGGAAUCCGAUUGCAGUGAUGGAGAUAUGUUAUCUAUUUCGACUACGCAGUAUGAUGAUGCUUGGAUUCUCGAUUCUGGAUGUUCAUAUCAUAUAACGCCUAACAGAGAGUGGUUUGCUACUUAUAAACCAGACAACUCGGGUUCUGUUUUUCUUGGUGAUGAUAGAUGUUGCGGUAUUGUCGAUGCAGAUAAGGUACAAGUGGAGUUGGAACAUGUGCCAGCAGUUCUUGAUAAGGGGGAGAGUUCGAGUUCUGCACCUGAUGAUGUUGAUCAUGAUGUUUCUGGCCCUACUGAUGUGCCAGAGAGCUACAAGUUAGCUCGGGAUAGAGUGAUGCGUACCAAUAUACAAGCUCCGGUGAGGUUUGGUUAUGAGGAUAUGGUCGCAUUUGCUCUUACAAUCACUAGCGUGGAUCCAUGUACUUUCCAGGAGGUUGUUUCUU